AUCUGUGGUGUGUAUGGUUCGGGCAGACCUGUCAAAAUUUUGCAGGAAAGCAGUGAGCUACCGCACAUGCAUCGCUGUUUACUUUGCGGAGGCCCGUCGUUUCCCGUGAUUAUCGUCGUUUUACAAGUAAAAGGCCGCAGUUAGAGCGCUGUGUAAGAUGCGUUCCGCCGCCGCGGGCGUAGCGGUCCGCGCGUGCUCGUAGUUUAAUCCUCGGUGCGUGUGACAGGUGUUUUUUUGCGUAACAUUCAGUGCAGCAAUGGGUGCAAAGGCGAGUACGGCGAACGGGGGGCAGAGUCCGCGGGCGAGGACAUUCUCGACGAGCUCGAGCAGCGAGGUGGUGUCGGGGGGUGCAGGGUUUAGUUUGUUGCGGGCGAUUCCUGGGAUCCAGGUGACGAGCGACCGCCAGCGAGCCAGGUCGCUGUCGUCGGUGCCAGACCUGCACGCGUCGCACGAGGCGAUCGCGAUCCCGCCGAGCUCGGCGAGCUACGAGGCCUCGGCAGCCGCCAGCCCGGAUACAGACUCCAGCUCCAACGAGGAGGCGGGCCCGGGCCCUGGCGCCGCGCUGGCGCUCGGCCGCGUCUACGCCGCUCACUCCUUGCCUUCACAUAUCUGGUCCAUAAACGGAAUCAAAUGUCCAGUUUGCAGCAAAUUCGUGCUGCCAGACGACAUCGAGUGCCACCUCGUCAUGUGCCUCACCAGGCCUCGCCUUUCCUAUAACGAGGACGUGCUCUCCGACUCAAAGGGCGAGUGCGUGAUCUGUCUCGAGGAGCUGACCGCCGGAGACACCAUCGCGAGGCUGCCCUGCCUCUGCAUCUACCACAAGGGAUGUAUAGACCAAUGGUUCGAUGUGAACAGAUCGUGUCCGGAGCACCCCGGCGACUAGUCGCCGCCCGCCCGGACCCACAGUGCCAUGCGCUAGUCGCGAGUGAUACUUUUAUACAAUGAACAGACUGCGGCGAACGCCAUGUAAAUAUAUUAUGCUAGUGAGAUGUUUUACCAAUUAAAA